AUGAACUCGGAAUUUGAAAAUCUGUUUGCUGCUCUUACAGAUGAGCAAAGAGGUAUUUAUGAAAAAAUUAUGCAAGCUGUGGAGUCUCUGAAUCCUGCCGUUUUCUUCCUUCAUGGUUAUGGUGGUACCGGAAAGACAUAUAUGUGGAGAACACUCGCAACAGCUUUAAGAUCAAAACAUGAUAUAUGUUUAAUUGUUGCAACUAGCGGUAUAGCAUCUUUGUUACUUCCAGGAGGUAGAACUCCACAUUCAAAGUUCAGGAUAUCGGUACCAACUAUGGACAAUUCUACUUGCAAGGUUGAAUUCAACGAUGAUGUUGCAGACAUGCUACGACAGACAAAGCUUAUAAUAUGGGAUGAGGCACCAAUGGCACAUAAGUAUGCAAUAGAAUCGCUUGACAAAACUUUGAAAGAUGUUAUGAGUGCAAACAAAAAUUCCAGCGAUGUAUUUGGUGGAAAUGAUGUUGUUUUUGGUGGUGAUUUUAGACAGAUUUUACCUGUCGUCCCCAGAGCCAGUCGUUCCGAUAUUGUACAGUGUGCCAUAAAUGCAUCUUACAUAUGGCAUUCAGUUGAGGUAUUAACAUUGACAAGAAACAUGUGGCUUCAAACAGGAUCAACGCAGACUGAUAAAAAUGAAAUAGCACAGUUUUCAGAUUGGCUUUUAAGAAUAGGAGAGGGUCGAAUAUCUGAGCCUAAUGACGGCACCGCCGAAAUCGACAUACCACCUGAUAUUUUGAUAACAGAAUUUGAUGAUCCAAUUGUGGCCAUUGUCAAUACCACAUACCCUGAUUUCUUAAAUAAUUUCCAGUCCGUUGAUUACCUUAAAAGUCGAGCAAUACUGGCCUUUACACUGGAGAUCGUUGAUCAGAUCAAUGACUAUAUACUUAACUUAAUGCCAGGAGAAAUUCGUGACUACUACAGAGCAAAUUCAGUUGACAAGUCUGAGAUUCAUGACCCAACAGUAGUUGAUAUCCUCACGCCAGAAUUUCUAAGUUCCCUCCGAACAUCAGGUUUGCCUAACCAUCACUUAAAACUAAAGGUUGGGACACCUAUAAUGCUCAUGAGAAACAUAGAUCAAUCUGAAGGUUUGUGUAACGGCACAAGGCUGUGCAUAACAAAGAUGGCAGCCCAUGUACUCGAGGCUUCAAUAAUGGGCGGUAAAGGUUUGGGAAAUUUGGUUUACAUACCUCGAAUGGACAUGUCACCAUCCCAAUCCCCAUGGCCAUUCAAACUGAAUAGAAGACAGUUCCCUAUUAUAGUUUCCUAUUCUAUGACAGUCAACAAAUCACAGGGACAGUCAUUGGAUAACGUCGGUUUGUACUUACCAAGAGAUGUAUUUACACACGGCUAG